GUCACAUGCUGGGGGAAAGUUACAUACGUCACAUGAACUUUGACAACAGAAACAGUUUUGUUCUUUGUCCCAAUCAAACAUGGAUUCCAGUCAAGAUCACGAGGAAUCGGAAUUUCAUUGUAAACGAAUAAAACUCGAUGUAACGCAACCAAAUUUAAGUGUUUUGUGUCAAGAAGAAUUUAAUUCAGCAACUACUGUGCCGUGUGAUAGAGCAAUUGAAAAUUCUGAAGGUAUAUUAGCUGAUUGUGACUCAGGCUAUGAAGCUUCAACAUUGGAAUCAUUACCCACCCCUACUCAUCAAGUUUCACCACUAUCUCACUCGGAAAUCCCCGACGCUCUUUCAGGAUUUGCAUCAGAAUCAGACAAUCUAAAUCUAUCAUCUUGUAAUCCGAGUCAAGAAGAUGAUGACAAUGCCUCAACUAUCAGUCACUUUAGUGAUUUAAGUGGUUUAUCUGAUGUUUCCCUUCAUGACUGGAAAUUCACAAGUGGCAGUAUGGUUUGGGUCCACAAACAAAUGCAGAAUGGGGUUGAUCCCAGGAUGCUACUUGUAGAAUUGGGGGCGAAUGUCGACCAAAUACCCCCAUAUCUGGAUGACGUCACGCUGUGGAAAUUAUUAAUAAAUAUGGUAGCAGAGCCCCCACAAAGGAAUAAGCUUCGGCAUGUAAAUACAUUAGAAGAUGUAGUUAGGUUACUGAAAGGUGCAAAGAAGGUAAUUGUUUUAACUGGAGCUGGAGUGUCUGUUUCUUGCGGAAUACCGGACUUUCGGUCUAAAGAUGGUAUAUACUCUCGGUUGGCAAAAGAUUUCCCUGAUCUGGUCGAUCCACAAUCAAUGUUUGAUAUUAAUUACUUCAAUCAGGAUCCUAGGCCGUUCUUUAAAUUCGCAAAAGAUAUUUAUCCUGGCAUAUUCGAGCCUAGUCCUUGUCACAAAUUUAUUCGUUUACUAGAAAAGCAGGGCAAACUCCUUCGGAAUUACACGCAAAAUAUCGAUACACUUGAAAAAAUAGCAAACAUCGACCGGGUCAUCGAGUGUCACGGUUCGUUUGCAACCGCAAGUUGUACGAACUGUGGCCAGAAGGCUUCCGCGGACGAAAUUCGGGACACUGUACUCUCACAGAAAAUUCCGUUGUGCACACGAUGUCAUCCUGCAGGGCCACACUUCGUCGAUCCCAAUGACGAGAUAUACCGAUGCGAUCCAAGGGCACUUAGGAGGUUGGUGGAGAGUGGAAUAAUGAAGCCGGAUAUCGUUUUCUUUGGCGAAGGGCUCCCAGACGCCUUCCAUGAAGCCAUGGCCGGAGACAAGAACGAAUGCGAUCUGUUACUGGUCAUCGGCAGCUCGUUGAAAGUACGACCGGUUGCCCUCAUACCAAACUCAUUACCCGCUCACGUCCCCCAAAUUCUUAUCAAUAGGGAACCGUUACCCCACUGUCAUUUCGACGUGGAACUUCUUGGAGAUUGUGACGGAAUAGUCAAUCAUCUUUGUCAAUUAUUAGGAAGUGCUUGGGAAGAAGGUGUUUACGACGAAACCGCUCUCGAAGAAACUUUGCAGUUGUUGCCUCUGAACGAGAAGAAAUGCAAAGAUACAAACGAGUCAGACGUCUCGUCAUCACCGGACGCGGUCGUCAAAGACGAUUCGUCCUCAACAACAGUACGUGGUCUCGAAAUGUCUUCAGAAGAAGUGACAUGCGAAUGUCGAAGUGUCACCGUACGAGAGCGCAAUUGCAGUUGCAAGUUUACAUUAACUACAAAACAAAGUUCCUGGUUUAAACAAGAAGUAAACGAGUUCAAUGAAUUGGACACGACAUCGUCCAAAGAAAAACUUCUUCUACUUGAACGAGAGAUUGUUGAAGCCAAACAGUUUAAACAGAGGCAUAUUUCAGUUGAUUCCGCCCAAGACUCCGGUAUAGGGGAAAAUUCGAAUUUUACAGACAGCGAGGGUUUCAAGUAUGACACGUCUGAUGAAACGAAUGAUAGUACGAGGAUGGAUAUACCCGCAGCGACCCCAUCUGACGUUGGCAGUCAUCACUGGGACCUUAUUAAUGACGAGAGGACGUCAUCGUCAAAGAGUUGUUCUGAAGAUCCACCUCCUCCGCCACCCCCGCCCACGAAUCCCGCCGACCUGCGCGAUUAUUGGCAACCAAAGGUCAAACACAGUCUCGUGGACAGGUUACCCGAAGGAACGUAUUACAUGAUCCCUCCCUGUAGGUAUAUAUUUCCUGGUGCCGAGGUCUAUUACGACCCCGACGAAAAAUACGACUACUUCGACGACUCGUCCAGUUCAGAAUCUAGUGAUUCCGAAGAAACUGACGAAAAUUAAAGAAUAUAAAAAAAUAUAUUGGCAUACACACAUGCAUAUAUCAACAUAAACACAACAAACACUACAAGCAUACAUACAUAAUUUAUACACAUGUAUCGUUGAAGUUAUAAAUACACUUACUCUCACAAUAUUUUCUUGAAAAUUGCGCGCUAAUAUGUUGGGAAUUGAGGGUAACGAAGAUGGAGGGCUUUUUUUGGUGAAGAAAGUAAAUGGAAAUUGGAAGGCAUAUGAAAUGGGGGCGCGUUACCAAUCGGCAGAAAUGGUUGUACGAUUUUGUAGCAUCAAGUGGUAAAGGUAUUUCAAUUUCUCUUUUAUCUUAUAAAAUUAUUGUAGAAUUAAAGAUUAUUAAAAUACUUAGAAGGUUUUCCUUUCCAUUAUAAAGGGAUUUUUUUAAAUAUCAAAUGGCUAACUGUUAAAAUAAAUCACUACCUAUGGUUCCCCCUUAAUUGAUCGGAACUCUAAACUUUAAAAAAUCUGAUGCUACAUUAUCUCUAAUUAACAAAGAGAUUUAAUUAAAGUAAAAUAAAUUGAGUUUCUUAAAUAGCAUCAAUUUAUCAUUACAUUAUCGACUAAAUUAUAUGAAUGUUAUACUUUAUUUAGGGGAUAUAGAAUUAUUAUUUUUUUUUUCUUAUUUGAAAAUAAUGAAUCUAUUAAAGUUAUUUAAAAGUAUAAUUUUAUUUUAUUGAUCUCAAGAUACGCGUAAUAAUUAAAUUCCAAUAUUAUUGUAGCAGGUGCUAUUUAAGGAAAUUGAUUAGGUUGUUUGCCUUUAUUAAUUUUUGUACUUUGCCGAGUUUUUGCUGUAUUUAAUGAUGAUUGUUUUUGAUAAGACUGAAAAUAUGCACGUUCAUUAUAAUAUUUCUGAACAUAUAAAUAAAAUAUAAAUAAAAAUAAGAAAUCAUGAACUUUUUCCCGUUUGUACAUAAAUUCUUCCAAUUACUACUUAACUUACAUGAAAUUUAAAUAAAAAUCAAAUAAAAAAAACAUUGUUCUAAUAAUAAAUAAUAAUAGUCCAAAAAAUGUGUGUAGCCUAUUUAUUAAUUUGUUAGCUUUACAUAGUACUGAAGACAUUUUUUUUACCUACUCUGUACAUGUAUAAAAUAUUGUUUUAUGUAAGAAUUGUGUGCAGUUUGGAUCUUAUUUGCGUUUCUAAUUAAUCCUGUAGACCGCUUAAAAGCUUACUCGAUGGAAUCUAAAAAAAAUUGGGACAUUGAACAUUAAUUUCUAUCGUCAAAUAUUUUUAUAAUUUAUUUUCGUAGCUUUAUUACUGACGUAUGGUUUAACGAAAAUAUUUAUAAAUAAAUAAAAUAAAGAAUAAUACAAUGCCAGAGAAUUGGAUGUAAGCUGCACAUAUUUAAUACCUAAAUGUGGAGAGAUUGUUGUUAUUAUGUUAUUUCUUUUAUAUUAGUAGGCUGUUAUUUUGCGGAAUUUCUAAUUAAUAAUGUAAAUUUGUUUUCCCCCUCCGCAAGUUUGUAUGGUGUAUAAAUAUUAUUGCUAUUAUUUCAUAGGGUGUAAUUUUAAGCCAAAAAAAUUACGUUGAAUAGGAAUAUGAUAAAUCUUUGUUAUUUGUAUAGUGUUUAAGAAUUACACAAAAAUGGUGCCCCCGAUGUUUGUAAACGACCUCUUAUCUACCUCUCUUUUAUAAAAACCGUUUUUUAUCCUAGAAUAAUUUUUUUCUUGGCCCUACGUGUAUUAUGAAGCAAACAUGCAUUUAAUUGAAGACUUGGGUGAUACAAAAAUAUUUCAUAGAUAACAUAUACUGUGCUUUACAAUUAGUUAGGAUGUAGAAAGGCGAUGAGCAUAGCUAAUUGCCUCCUGUAGGAUAUUCCAUUUAAAAUUUUAGGAUGAAUUGUUACUAUCAGUAUGAUAAAGUUCUGAAGACGUUAGUUCACUAAGUUAAUUGGCUUUUAAAAAGGAAAAAAUUCAUUAUAAUCUGUCAGUACUUCUACUCCAAACUUAUACAAUCUUUUUUCCAUCCUGAUGUUACAUAUAAGUCAAGUAUAUUGCCUUUUGUGUCGUCAAAAUAUAUUUUAUGAUUCUUCAUUUUUUUUUCAUGAAAGUCAAUUAACAGGAUGGAUGUGAAACGUUCAGAACUUUCAAUUUAUCUGAGUGUGAAUCUGAGGAUGGUCGAUUCAUAACGACCAUUAUUUACAGACAUCGGACACUAAGUUACAUACAUAUAUGCAUAUAUACCUGUAUUGGACAUUCUAAAGAAAAAGUUACAAAACAAACUAAUCAUGUAAAAGUUAAAUAGAGAUCUUUAUUUUUUCACGUCACCAGAAACGUUUUUUUUGUUUUUGUGUUGCUGUUUUUCCACUUUAAUAAUGAAAACUUCAUGCAAGGAAUAAUUGAUAACUAAUUAAAAAAAACAAAAAGUAUUAUAAUGGAAAUGUGGCUGAUCCUUUUUUUC